AUGACCGAACCGGUCCGGAUCCAAUCUCGCGCGCGGGGCGCCAUCUGGGGCACCUGCGUGGCCGAUGCCCUCGGCGGUCCCGUUCAAUUCAAGCCCCCUGGCACGUUCGAGCCCAUCACCGACUUACGUUUCGUCGAGCCAUUUCAAAAGCCAGCUGGGUCGUAUUCGGACGACGGGUCGAUGACCCUCGCGCUGGCCAAGUCUUUCGUUGAAUCCAAGGGCAGAUACAACCACGCGCGAUCCAUUGAGCACUAUAUCGGCUGGCUCACCGAGGGCAAGUUCAGCACCGCGCAAAAAGCCUGGGACGUCGGCCUGUCCACGCGUAAGUCCUUGUCCAUGUGGCGGCAGUAUGGGAUCGACAAUAUCGACAGCACGCAGUUUGAAAUCUCCGCUCAGCUUGAUCACGAGGGUGCGUCUGGCAAUGGCAGCUUGAUGCGGAUUUCCCCGGUGGGUGUGGCCCUCUGGACCGAUCCCAAUCGGGCCCGAAACGUGGCCAAGGAACAGAGCAGGAUCACUCACCCAGCGAUUGCUUGUCUGGACGCUUGUGAAGCAUACACCCUCUUGAUUUGCGGCGCAAUGAACGGCGAAACCAAGGAGGAACUAUGCAAGACCAUCUCGGACUUCCAGUUCCACCAUCCGGAUCUGGUGGAACGUCUUGCGCGGUACAAAACCAUCGACGACUGGAAGACGACCAGCAGCGACAAAAUCACAAGUAGUGGCUGGGUAGUGGAUACCAUCGAGGCCGCGCUCUGGGGAUUCUUCAAGUAUGAGAGCUGGGAGACGGGCGUGCUGGCCGUCGUCAAUCUCGGGGGUGACUCCGACACGGCCGGGGCGGUUUACGGGAGCCUGGCGGGUAUCUUUUAUGGGUAUGACUCGAUCCCGACUCGCUGGGUCGAGGGAAUGCAAAAUAAAGCUCUGAUCCACAGCAUUGCGGAGCCCUUUGCCGAGAUGGUGCCUGCAUAA